AUGAAGGUGUCACGCGCUUUGAAAUUGCUUGUCACGCACCUCUGCAAGCUCCGACAGGCAAAGGAGGCACUGCGUUUGUUCGAGUCAUUGGCGCGUGGCGGAGUUUGCGCCCCCACCGUGUACACUUUCUACCCCGUCCUCAGCCUCCUCACAAGGGAAAACUCCCUCGAAGACGCCCGAGGCGUGGUGGAUUUAAUGGCCGAGCUCAGAAUUGGGCUUGACUUGAUGGCCCACAACAUUUUUCUCACGGCUUACUGCUUCACCGGAGACUUUGACGCGGCGGCCGGAGUUCUGAGGAGAACGGAGAAGGAGGGUUUGGCUGCGGACGCGCGUCGUUCGACGCGCUUGUUCUGGGCGCGUGUAGAGCGGGGAAGGUGGAGGGGUACUGCUGAGGAGGAUGUAUGUGAGGAGUUUCGUUGGGAAGAUUCUGAGCUUCUUGGGUGUUUGGCUAGCAAGUCUGUGAAUUUGAAGAAGGGUAAAGAAGCAAUGUCAAUUUUGGAGGAAAUGAAGCAAAGGGGUGUGCCAAUGGGUUAUAAACUGAAAGAGUUUUAUGAAAUGAAUGUUGAAAGGGAGAAUGGUGCAAGGGUUGAUGGUGCAGAUGUAGAAGGAAGAAAUGGAGUGUAG